AUGUUUAGAUCCAAUAGUACUCGAAGAGGUCAUGAGAAAUAUGAGAAACUAGAUAAAGAGUUUGGUGGAAAUAAUAAUGGGAUUUUAAAUGAAGAGUAUUUGAAGAGAAGUGCAAGUGUUCCUACCGGGCCAUCAAAUACAAAGGCAAAAAUGGCUAUGGCUUCAAACUUUGUGGAUAUUAAUCUACAAAGAAAUCCUACAAAGAAAGCAAGUAGUGAUCAUCAUAAGGAGAAGAGUGUUCACCCACUUUUGAAUUUCUUUGAUUUUAGGAGGAAGAAGAAGAAAGCAACAUCUAAGCCUGAAUUUGCUAGAUAUGUUGAGUAUAUGAAGGAAGGAGGCAUGUGGGAUUCUGAAUCAAACAAGCCUGUAAUUUAUUAUAAAUGA